GAACCAACUCUCUCUGUUACAGUGAUGCCGCCAAAGGCCUACCGUACUGGGCCAACUGGCAUCCCUCGCACACAUUCGCGCUCCUCAAGCGGGUCCUCUAAGACGGCCCUCAACCUUCUCUUGACCCAGAAAGACCCAGUCCCCCACAGACAGCAGGAGAAGCACAAGAAAAACGGGCAUGUAUAUGAGCCACACACGAGGAGCACCCAGCAGCAUGCGAGAACGGGUAGUAGUACUCGAGUAGCUUCCAAAGAACCCCUUCAUACACAACCACUGCAUCCUCCCCCGAUUCAACGGCAUCAAAAUACCAAGGGCAAGAACUUCACCUUCGCCGGCACCAGUGCAGAGGAUGACGACGACGAAUGGGUCUCGAGUGAGAGCGGAGCCGCAACGCCUAAUAGUCCUGGUUCAGGCACUGGCAGGUCACAGACACCAGUCGAGCACCGCACAAUUACAGACUUCAACCGACUAACCAUUGAUGAUUUAACAAAUCGGCCAGAUACUCCCCGUGCUCAGUAUAUACCGCCGUCUUUGUCCCGCGUAGCAACUAUCCGGGGCUCCGAGCCGCAGGUGUCGUCCACUAUAGUUCGGCCAUGCUGUGCAAUUCUGAAGUGUUCUCUUUUUCAGGUUGCGUAUCAGGCUGAGCGGAACGCUCACCCGCAGCUUUCUGUUACCGAACCGCGGUACCCACAGACACGUUCAGAGACAUCGUCACCAGUCAACCGUACCCGGUACGCACGUUUGUCUUCGACGCGCCCUCCCUCGAUGCACACCGUUACUGGGAGGUCAGACACCACUCUCCAUCCACACCCCUUGAUUCGCGGGCAGCCACUUGGACCAGUUGCUCCAAGACUAGAACCUCUCGCUCCGUUAACGGUUACGUCUGAGGCAUCUUCUGUCCAGACAUCUACUUCACCAACGCUUUCUGCCUCCCCAUCCAGUGUUAAGACCACGUACGCAGAGCCGGCUAACAACCGGAGGACGUCGGUCUCUUCUGUGCGUUCGGUGGCAACCCUCCCUAACCAGGGCUAUCACCCCGGAAAAGGGCACGACCGCAGCCGCACUCUAUCUUCUAUGUCCUCGACGUCUUCCACCUCCGUCCAGGCUCUUGCAUCAUUGGCACACCUCCCCACUACACGGCCGUCUACACCACAGUACACCGCAUACUUCCCACCAGCCAGUUUGUCUGCCUAUCUGGAAGCUGUCCAUCCACUUCUCCCGCCUCCGUAUCUCAAUACUCACAUGUUCGUACUCACUCAUCGCAGCUCAUUGAAGGAAUCUUGGGACAGGGUGGUAGGUGUUCGGGAGCAGCAGAAACGAUAGUAUGAUAACUCUUGCACCGUCAUAUUCUCUCAAUACCCAGAACUAUCAGUGUUGGGUCACAGUACCUAUCAAAGUUUUCUAUAUACCUCGUUAUCCUCCAUCUCUUUCACCGCACUAGUUUGCAGUAGAACGUGUGCAGCUAAAUGUUUGUAACUUAGUGU